UCGGCUCCAAUGACGCCAGUCUGAGAACUGUUGCUGCUGUCGCGGUGCGCGGAGAACCGGAGACACACAUCGGCGCGUUUGUUUGGGGAUGUGCGUGAUUGAACGCGUCCAGAACACCGGAGCGCGUGAGUGCAGGUGUGUGUGACGGACAUCAUCAUGCUCAAAGGCUCUCGGUGAUCCACUCCUUCCCAUGAUUCCUCACCAGGCCGCCCCAUGCCAGCCCGUAACCAUGACGACCACUCGCCCCCGCUCGCCCCUCCGUCGCCCGGCGGCCGUUUGACUGGAUGAGGAACCCGGCCUCCAGUGAUGUGAUGCACAGGUUCGAGGUUCUUGGGAUUGUGGGGGAAGGAGCGUACGGAGUCGUCCUGAAGUGCAGACACAAGGAGACUAAUGAGAUCGUGGCCAUUAAGAAGUUUAAGGACAGUGAAGAAAAUGAGGAGGUGAAGGAGACGACGCUGCGUGAGCUGAAGAUGCUGCGCACGCUGAAGCAGGAGAACAUCGUGGAGCUGAAGGAGGCGUUUCGGCAGCGAGGGAAGCUGUUCCUGGUGUUCGAGUACGUGGAGAAGAACAUGCUGGAGCUGCUGGAGGACAUGCCCAACGGAGCUCCACCCGAGAAGGUCCGGAUCUACAUCUACCAGCUGAUCAAAGCCAUCCACUGGUGCCACAAGAACAACAUCGUCCACAGAGAUAUCAAGCCGGAGAAUCUACUCAUCAGCUCCGACGACAUGCUCAAACUGUGUGACUUCGGUUUCGCGCGGGAUCUCUCUGAAAGCACCGAUGUGAACUACACUGAGUAUGUGGCGACUAGAUGGUACAGAUCCCCGGAGCUGUUGCUGGGGGCUCCGUACGGGAAGGCGGUGGACAUGUGGUCGGUGGGGUGUAUUCUGGGCGAGCUGAGCGACGGUCAGCCUCUGUUUCCGGGCGAGAGUGAGAUCGACCAGCUCUUCACCAUCCAGAAGGUCCUGGGUCCGCUGCCGCCUGAACAGAUGAAGCUCUUCUACAACAACCCACGCUUUCACGGGCUUCGGUUUCCCUCGGUCAGCCAUCCGCAGACUCUGGAGAGACACUAUCUGGGAAUCAUCAGCCCAGUCCUGCUUGACCUCAUGAAGAACCUGUUGUUGUUAAACCCGAAUGAGCGCUAUCUGACUGAACAGAGUCUGAACCACCACGCCUUCCAGACUCAGCGGCUGACUGAGCGACCCGGCCCGCUCACACCCACACCCGUCCGCUCCUCCAAGAGGAAACCGCUCCUGGACAACACCGCCCCCAGCAGGGGUCAUGUGGUCAAGAGUUCAAGUCACCAUCGCUCAAAUAGCCGCGACUGUUCCAGUCUGCCCCGCCAUGGGAACGAAGACCUCCACCCGUCUAGCACCGAGGCAUUCCUGAACGGGUCAGUACCGUCUGCCAACAGCCUGAGUCCAGUGAUGCACCCCAAAUCCUUUCAGCCACUCAACCGCUCGGCGUCGUGUGGUAAAGACCUGGCCAGCCUGCAUCACGCCAAAGAGGCCAAAUCCAAAGCAGGCGAUUUUGACUUUGGCAAACCGGCUGACGGACCGGGGCCCAAAUACCUGAAGUCCAACACGCCUCGCUCCCAGAACCGCCAUUCCUUUGUGGAGGGCAAGACCAGCACGCUGACAGGGGAAAGGGAGAAACAGAGCCGCCACGGCUAUGGCGAGUCCACCGCGUCGUCGUCUUCGGGCGGAAAGGGGUUGUCUUCAUACAUAAGUUUGUCUAAGAGUCACGGAUUGCUUAGUGACUCCAAAUCCGUGACCAACCUCAGUGACAUGCGACUGCACCCGGAUGACCCCACUGGCUCUCCGCGCUACUUCCCCAGCAGCUGCUUGGACCUCAACAUGAACCUGAACUUGCCGACGCCGGGCAGUCCAUCCAUGCAACACGGGGAGCGUUCCGGACACAGUCCCGCAGUGGGGCGUCGCAGCAAACUGGAACGAGACGGAAGCACGGCUGAGCCGUCCACCCGCCGUUCCUCAUCGAGGCAGGAGAGUGACGGAAACCCUGUUGAUCCACUUGACCCCUCUGGAGGAUUGUCUCUUUCUGCGCCCCACGAGUUCCCCUACGGCGUGGGCUACACUAGCCCAUUUUCCUCUCAGCAGAGGCCACAUAGGCACUCCAUGUAUGUGCGGAGGGAACGGGGGCGACCCCACGGGGGUGAGGCGGGCGGAUUGGCAGUGGGACAAGGGAUGUCCACGAGGGCCAGCAGUCUACAGCUCCUUACCCCUCAGCUUCAGCAUCGGACCCUGCCGAAACACAUGGGCAGUGCCGUGUCGCGGGACGCAGGAUUAGACGACAUCAGGAGUGACCCCGCGGCCGCAGAGGUCAGUCACACGCGACCUUUAAUCCGGGAGUCCACACGGGACAACACCACCACCUUUCACACGCCACGGCAAAAGAGCGAGGGAGGUGUUUAUCACGAGCAGCUCACAGAUGACAGCGGAUCGGCCAAAGAGAACCGCAUGAUGUACAGCGACUCAGUGCCACGCCGGGUCGGCAGCUUCUACAGGGUGCCGUCUCCCAGACCAGAUAACUCGUUCCACGAGAGUUCAGGGGUCACGAUGGACAGCAGCCACAGCAUACACCAACCCACAUACGACCCGUGGACGGGGUCUGAAACGAGGGACAUGAGUCCUCCAGAACACACCAAAGAGAAAGAGAAACAAGGCUUCUUCAGAUCCAUGAAGAAGAAGAAGAAGAAGUCUCAAACCACAGACGCUGAUGACGAGCGACGGCCAGUCGUGAGGAAAGCGCUGUUUCCUCUCUUUCACUCUCAGAGGAGCUUCACGCGCAGCUCCUCUGAGAGAGAGCGCCCCCUCGUGGCCCCAGCACUGGUGUCGAGUGAGGGGCCGGAUCCGGUGCUGAUGCAGAAAGCAGCGUCCCGCUCGUACACACACCAGGGCAGCAGACACCGCACUCGCAGCCGAGAGAGAGACCGAGAACGAGAGCGAGAACGAGAGCAGGAUCCGGAGCGGGACGCAGACUGGCCCUCGGAGAGAGCCCCAGACACACACUCACAGCCUCUGAAGUCUCUGCGGAAGCUGCUUCAUCUCACCACCUCCUCGUCCUCCAACCAAACCUCGGCAGAUCUCCACUACCCCCUGCCCUCCUCCAAAGGCGGCGGGAGUUUCGUGGAGCCCCGUGGCCUCGGCUCCAUGCAGCCCAAGGGCCGUUCGGCUGUGUACGGGGCCCCGGGGCCCCUGGAGUCCGGCUGGCACUCCAGCGCUCUGGGACGUCCCGAGGGAAACCCUUAUCCCGACCAGAUGAGCUCCAAAGCGGGCCCCACUGGCUUCGCUCGUCACUUUCGUUCACGUUUGCCAAACCUGAAUGACCUUAAAGAGACAGCGCUGUGAGUCAGACUCACUCCUAAUCUAUAAACGUAAAGCACUGGACGUGCUGCUUUAGUUUCUACUCUGGUUGUAGUAUAUAAAUAUAUCGGAUUCUGCAUAGCUACUCUUAUAUUUGGUUAAAGGUUCAUGUAUAGAUGACAGUAUUGGCAUUUAUUUUAAAGUUAUAGAAUAAGAUAUUACAGCGUAUAUAUAUAUAGAUAUUACGACUUUGUCUUUAAAUAUUUUCUGUUUAUACAAUUCAGUGAAAAUCGGUAGAUAUUAAGAGUAACAGUAAUUAACGGUAAGAAUGCGCGAUUAUAUGUGCGUGUGCUUCCCAGAUAGCGCACGUAUGUUGCUUUAAAUGUCAUAUUUAUGUGUAAAUUAAUUCUUAAAUGUUGUGGAUGUCAUACUAACACACGACAGGGACGACUAACACUAACAAAUAAUUCAGAUUUGGAGAGUAGUCUCUUCUGCUCAGCGAAGCUGUAAUUGUUUGAUUUAAAAAUACAGUAAAAACUGCAAAAUUGUGAAAUAUUUUUAUAAUUUAAAACCGCUGU